GUGGUUGCUUGUUUGUUUACAAGUCUUGGUAGAAAGGGAGGAAUGAGCAUCGCUUUCACUGAGUGCUUUAUCAUACAUGUCUACGUAAAUUCGAAUCUUAAAAUUCCUUUAAAUUUAUUGCAAAAGAUUAUUCUGCCGUUCUUGCAAUAGACACAAAAGAUUGCGAUGGAGAACUAUAACUCCAUGACAGUAAAUGAAGAUAUUCCUCCAGAAGGAAAUAAUGAUGUCUUGCCAUUUGCGGUCGCCAUUAUAUUUUCAGUUAUUUUCUUUAACCUCAUAUUAAUUUACCUCUGUCGCUAUUGCCUGACUUGCUUUCAUUUUCUCGACUUUGAUGAAGAAGACGAUGAUGUACUUCCUCUAAUUCGGACCAACAGAAUGAGCAAUUCAAGGCCUCCUACAGCGUUCCCAACGGAAAGACUUCAUCAUAUGUUAGGGUAUAAUAUCCCUCGCCAUAGGCAACAGCCUCCCACAUUGUCCCAAAACGAAUUGGGCUACUUAUCUUCAGUAAUGACUUACAGAGAUUGGCUUUACCAGAGAAGAACAGAGCAAAAUAAACAAAAUGUACAAUGUGAUAACCUUCCAAUUGAUAAAGCUCCACCUACAUUCGACAAAGAUCCUUUUCUUUUAGGAAUGUCGAUGAAUUCAACCGGCACCAAAUGUUCGGAAAACGACUCCACCGAAUCGAAACCUUACAAUGAAAAAAACACUUGUGACCAAGCAAAGGGGAGUUGCUUUAGAGAAGAUGGUGUAAACCAAGAAGAAGACGAGGAGGAUUUUUGCACAAUCUGUUAUGCAAAUUAUGACUAUGAUGACUACUUACGUCUCCUUCCUUGUAGGCACAUUUUCCACGCUCAAUGUAUAGACACAUGGAUGACUACAUCAAAAGCAUCGUGCCCUCUCUGUAAUGAAGACUAUAGCAGAAAGCAUAAUAAGCGUAGGAAUCACUCAGCUGAUUUUUACAACAUGGAUGACUUGACUAAUGAACCAGGAACUACCCACGCUGAGGAAAUUGUUCCUUUCGUAAACCCAGUCCUGUCAUUUCGUGAGAGCAGGAUGCCUUUAUUUACGAGCAACGCAGUUUAGUUUGAAACUCCUUACACGAUCGCAAAAAUCAUUUAAAUUAUGAUAUUAGUACUCCAAAAAAGAAAAAAAAAAGAUACUGCAACCAUGGAAAGACUCGGGGAUAUGCAAAACAUUUAAAAAAAAACAAAACAAUGUCAUACGGCAUGGGAAUAUGUUAGAGGAAACUGUCUCAAAAAGGCCUAUUCAGGUAACUGAUAAUAAUAGCCUGAUGAGGGAAAAGCAAAACUUUUUGGCAACUGGCUUUCCUGCAUUUCAUCUACAGCCUGGGUAAUUCUUGUAGCUUUUUCAGAAUUUUCCUGGAACGAAUUAAUAUAGUCAGCUCUCUGUGAGCCUGUUUUCCAGCUAGCAUGGCAUUCGUUAAUGAUUUCCAUAGCAAUACUUUUUGGAAGAAAUUCCCCAGAAAGACCAAAUACAUUCCUUGGUUUACCAUCAGGAAGUUUAUAUACUGCAAACCAAUCACGGGUGCAUGUUAACAAACGAGGCAUGAGUUUUUUAACAUCGUCGAUGUCUAAACUAGGUCAAUCACGAUUCUUUGAAAAGAAAACUUACCAUUAAGACUGUUUGCCAUGGGAUUAUUGACAUCGAUGGUCAGAAUUUUCCAGUCUGUUUCGUUUUGAUCCAAAAGUGCCAACGCCCCCAAAACUUUGACUUGUUUGAUUUCUCCGAGAUGUCCAAUGGCUUCUCCAAUUUCACAUACGUCAAUUGGAUCACCAUCUCCUUUUAAAUUGGUGUGUGCGUCCAACUUAUUUGGAUCCUCAAAUGUCUGGGGAAAUGCUCCAUAAUUCCAUAUGUAACCGUGAUACGGGAAACAGUUUUGUACAUACCGAAUUUUCUCAUUCUUCAUAUCAUGAACUAUCGGGUUGAAAGGAAUUGUAUUUGAAAUUUCACAUUUUGCCUGCGUCCAGCGAGGAAUUUCCACAACCUAUUUCCUCAUGGAUUAGCAAUUCUCUUCAGUUACUAAGUUGACCAAGUGCGUACCAUAUUCAAGGUUCCUUCUUUUGAAAAUAAAGGUACAUCAUGGAGGAAGGACACCGGUUUUUCUUUAUUGUAGCAAUAUGCUCGAAAUUCCGGUGUAUGCGGUUUCCCUUUAAAUCUUGUGAGAAAGUUGGUUAAUGCACGCGAAGAAGACAUGAAUGGCAAUCUGUUUUAGAGAUGGAAAUAUAGCGAAAAAUGAAGUCUCGAAUAUAAGAAAAGAAAAAUUUUUAAGAAAACGAUUGUGAAAACUCAAAAAGUAAAGUACUCUUUAAUUAAGAAGCGAGACGAUAUAGCUCUGAACGGUUCGUCCCUACCUUUAUUCCAGGACUGAUAUCGUUAUAUUUCGAGGCAUAUCGUUUUAGAGAAGA